CGCGUGUUAAUAGUCUGUCAUGCAUUCUUCUCGUCCAUAAUAUCCAUCUUCAACUAAACGGGCCUGUCAUGGGCAAGCAUUACUGCUAUUACUGUGAUGUUCACCUCACUCACGAUUCAACUUCCGUUCGAAAAGCUCACAAUACAGGAAGAAAUCAUCUACAAAACGUAAGGGAUUACUAUCAAUCUUUGGAUCCUGCUCAAAAUGAAGCAAUCUUUGCCGGGGUUUUGCAUCAGUAUGAUCUGAUGAGACUACCACAUCCACAGCUUGUUUACAAUCCCCCUAACACAGGUGGAGGAGGUCAUAGAGGAGGAUUUGGAGGCGGGGGCAGAGGAAGAGGUGGAUUCAAUCAAGGUGGAUACGGUAGACCUCCGCCAAGGGAUAGCGGUGGCUUUGGAGGAUAUAAUCGACCACCUCCCUCACAAUAUGGGAAUGCAAACGGACAUAAUUAUGGCGAGCCACCUACAGGUCCAGGUGGUCAGUAUGGUCAACCUCAUUCGAAUAUGAAUGGCCGAGGUCCACCGCCGUACAUGGGAGGUGGACAACAAUCUUAUGGUGGACGACCACCUCCAAACUUCAACGGACCACCACCUGGAUAUGGAGGGAGAUGAACACAGCAACAAGAUCGAAAUACAAUUUGUACAUUAUCAAGAAAGCAAUGAAAAAGUG